UUCAUUGCAGUCUGGUUUGUGGUGCUGGGCUGUGCAGUUUUGCUCUUCAGACUGGCAAGUUUUUCUUUUCUUCUUUAGAUACAUUUUGUUUUUCUUUUCUUAGUUCAUAGGCCUACAAUAUUUUGUACAGUUUGGAAACUUCAACUUUAUUUUUGUUUCUUUUAUUUUUGGUCACUUGCUCACUUUUGGAGAACCUUGGACUGUAAAUAAAACAUUCCUAGCACUGGAGUUGCAAAUCUUGGCUGAGUCGUCAUUUCGUCACAGAACCCAUGUGACAUAUGGUGUCAGAAGUGGGAUGGCCAGCCGAAGAAAACCAGUUCGAGCAACCCAAAGGAAAAGCAACACCAACAGGCCUGCCACCCGAGCUGCGACCGCCAGCGAAGGGCAAGAGGACGCCUGGGAAACAGCUCAGUCGGGAACAGAGCAAGAGCAAAGAGAAGCAGAUGCCCAGGACUACAAUGCAAAGGGGGCCAGACCGAGGACAAGGGGUGGUGUUCCUGCUCCUUCUGUAGCGGCCACAUCGCUAACAGACGUGGUACGAGACUUCUUCACAUCCCAGCAGUUGCGAGAUGAGGCUCGUCAAGAGGCACAGAUGCGACGUGACGAGGCCAUGCGAGAAGAAUUACGCAAUUUUCUCACAGCAAUACGACCACGGCAAGAAUCUCCCCUCACACCAACUAGCAUUUUCCAGCAGGCUUGCAGAGGAAAGCCCAAGACUCGACCUGCCACCAGUCACGCCAAAGCCAGAGCGUGCCAGCCAGCCCUUUGCAGUAAGCCUAGAAUACUCACCAGUAUACUUACCAACAGUGUCCAACGCCGCAGCACAGCAGCCAGCGCCAGCCGUCGUCCCAGCACUGCAGCCGCCAGCGACAGCCAGCCUUGCACACCCACAGGUGACAAUGUACCCAGGACGACCCCGUGAACCAAAACUACACCCUUACCAGCAUGGAGAAGAUAUGGAGAAUUUCCUGCUGAGGUUUGAGCGUCUCGCACGUACAUGGCAGUGGCCAGAACGAGAGUGGGCAGUAAGACUGGUUCCUCUGCUCACUGGUAAAGCCCUGGAAGCAUAUUCGGCGAUGGAUGAGGACCAUGCAGAUGACUUCCAGAAGCUGAAGGAGGCCCUGCUGCUGAAGUUUGACAUCACCAAGGAGACAUAUCGACAGCGGUUCUGGAGGAGCACAGUACCAGUGGGAGAAACACCAAUGGAGACCUAUCAUCGCUUGAAGCAUCUCUUCCGUCGUUGGGUGCAACCAGAGAAACACACCAAGGAGGAGAUCGGCGAGAAGGUGAUUAUGGAGCAGCUGCUGAAUGUACUGUCCCCAGAGGUGUGGACCUGGGUCCGUGAACAUGAGCCAGAAGAUGGAAAGACCGCUGCUAAGCUGGCGUUGCAGUACAUCAAUGCCCACAAGGUGACACCUAACCGCCCAGCGUUCACAACCCAUCACAGGGCUACAGGCCAAGUGCAGAAGGCUGUGGAGCCACUACCAGAUCUGUCAGAUAACUUGAUCCAAGGUGGGGAUAAAGGGCCAUGA